CAAAGUCAUCAUCUCGUUCUUGCGAUACAUACAAUUUUACUUUUCUUCAGCCGACACCGCAGAGAGAGAUGACACAUACCGCGACUCCCAUAUACGCCCCAGCUCUGUGCACCAUGUCCGUUGGCGGCUAUGCGUACUGUACGAUCAGAAUGCAUGGCAAGGACAUGACCUCAUAUCGUUUUGCAGAUAGGGAUACACAGCGGGCAUUUGCCAGUCAAGGAGUGUUGACGUUGCGAGCCCGCAAGUCUGCCGCAAGCACGGGUCUUUUGCUAGGCGCUGCUGUUGGAGUCUACAUGUUUACCUUUAUGGACUGGCGAAGAAAGCAGCGCGACCUACUCCAACUAAACGCGACGUCCAAAACGUUGUGAAUAAUAGAGCCUUACAUUCCAAUAGCCUAUA